GGGGGAGGUACGAGUACCUCUAUUUCUACCCUCUCGUGCUCUUCAGUCUUAAAUAUGGAUUCUGCCACACGGGGGAAGCUGCUGUCCUAUGGGAGAUGGAGCAUCCAUUGCGAUCUCUGCGGAUCUUCGUAUCCAGCCGUGAGAUGCGAGGGUUGCAAUGGACACGUUUUCUGCCUUUCGUGUGACGACAUGUACCAUCGCCAUCCCAAAAGACAAGUCCACACAAGACAGGCAUUGGAUUCCCGGAAUUCCCUGAAAGGAUCGACGAGGCCACCCCUGCCUCCAAAAGGAGAGUCACUCUCUCACACACAGCCUGUUCCGCCCCCUCGUCGGAACAAAAGAACUGCCAGCCUCCGUUGCAUCCCGACUUCACAUUUUCAGUCGUUGAAGAAUGAUCAAUUGCAGGCGGAUGUGCAAUGGAAGGCAAAGGACGGACUAUCUUUGAGGGAUAAGAUGGGGAACUUGAGGCGAUUGAUGCAGUACGGAAGGAAACCCCUGAGCCCUCAAGAUGAGGAUCCUCUUCAACCUUCCUUCAAAAUGGGUGGAGUUCAUGGCGAAGGAAUAGAGGAUUCAGACAAGCCUCCCACGCCUCCUCCGAUCAGCACAAUCCCAAGGCGCCAUGUAUUCCAAUUGCCUUUCCAGAGACAACCUUCACCGGGACGCAACCAUUAUCCCCUCCAAUCUAUCAUGGAAAAUAGAGUCGUGAAAGACCCCAUCAGAUUAAAUCUUGACCUGCAUCCAUCUCCAUUAAACCAUCAACACCACCAAGCAGUUCAACAGCAACAGCCACAGCAGCGUCAACCUGAACUCCAACAGCAGCAGCUUCAAAAUAAGCACCAAUUCCAGCAACAGCAGCAACAACACCUCCACCUUCAACGUCUACAUCAAUUUAGGCAGCAGCAACAGCAACGUCAACAGCAGCAACAGCCACUUCACCAAAAAGAGCCCUUCAUGUUUCUGCGACAGAAACAGCAGCAACUGGAACACCAGCCGGUGCCUUGGAGAGUUCCAUACCGGAAUACCUUAGAACCGCCACGAUCUUGGAGAUCUGAAAGGGAAGGUUUGGAGCCAAGUCCCUUCAUAGAAUCCUGCGAUGGGGUCUUCAACGAGGAAUGGGAGGAUCCUGUUCGGGCAGAGAAUUUGGAGACAGGUUCUGGUCAUUGGGGUUCCCUAUCAAGGUCGACACAAAGCCUACAUCAAUCCUUUUUCCCAGAUCACGUUCCCGAUCUACAAACCAGAAUGAACACAUUCGGUCCAUUUCCUCGGCGUCAAAUGAAUUCGAACAGGAUGAACUCCAUCAGUUCAAGUGUAUAUAACUUAAACACGAUCUCCAACAUGCCCGAUGAAGACAUCAUGCCUAUAAAUGGCUUGAAUCAAGCGCAGUCGAUGGCUCAGCUGAACUGUCCAUCUUGUCACAAUGUGGUUUGGAUGACAGGAAACAGAGAAGAACCCAAUACCUUUCCAUGGAGAGCACAAACACCCCCUUUCGUCCCGAGCGACAACGAAAUCCCAGACAACAACUGGACGUAUCAACGGACCCGAUGCAGCACGGAACCGCCUGCAAUGAAGCCUCUGUCACAGAGAGCCGCCAGCAUGAAUGUUCUCCCACAGUCCAACUAUCAAUCUAUAGUGCAAGCCAAAUUCCCUAAACCACGCGAGGUUGCUAAAAGCAGCAGGAAAGGCUCAGAUUCAGACGAAUUCUAUUCGCCGGUAGAGAGUGACGAAGGUGGAGAUGGAGAUUUCCCGUGCAACAUAUCUGGUAGGAUUGCAUCCCCGGUCAGGAGGUUGAGUUCUAGUUCCUCCAGGUCCUCCAAGUGGCAAUGUGAGCACUGCACGUACAUAAAUCCCCCGGAGCAGAGAAUUUGUGCUAUGUGUUGUAAGACGUGCAGUCGGAAGUUGCCUGGCCCUCGGCACAGAGGAUCCAGAAAAAAGGGGAGGAAGCCAGUCAGAAGCCCUUCCUCUGAAUCAGAUGAAAGCGAUUCUGGGCAAAGAGCCAUGAAGGAGGAAAGGGGCCUGUCUAAAACUGAGCUGAGAGGCAUGGUGAAAAGCUUGAGAGAAAACAUCACUCGGAAUCUGAGUUUGAAAGGUGGCCAAUCGGAGGAAGAGAAGAUGGAGACGUCAAAACUGGCGAACGGGACGAAACAAUCCUCGGAUGAGAAGGAAGAGGAACCAUCGAACCGGGGGCAGCAACAACAAUCAGAUCUGAGUGUUCGAGUUGUGUCGCAGUCAGCCGUGACAGCAGAGCCAGGAGUCACGUCUGGUGUCUUACAAAUCACUCCGAGACAAAGCAGUCCCUCUGCAUCAUUCAAGAAAUUCAUUACCAAGGCUACUUCUCCCCCUCCUCAGAGUGUUUCCACCCAGGAAGCCCAACAGCUUGGUUUCACGGCCGAAGACAUUCAAACGGCGAUCCUGUUCUCCGGAAGCAAGGAGCCUUUGCAGUGGCUCAAGGAUAAUUGGAAUAACAUGGCCGACACCGUCAUCACCCUUACCAUGAAUUAUGGACAUGACAAGAUAAAGAAUGACAUUGGCAGGAUCUCUCGUGAAGAGGCGAAGAAAGCCUUGCGAGUUAACAAGGGCAAUAUCUGGGCUUCCGUCACGGAAUGCGCGGAACAGCGCCAUGAAAAGUUUACAGAGCUGUCAGCGAGAGGGCCUUUCCUUGGGGAGGAGAUUAUCGAGGCAUUGACAGAGGCGAGUGGCGACGUGGAUGCAGCCCAUAAGAUUCUACUGAAGAGACAGGAGAAGGAAGCAUCAUUCCAGAUGAAUAUCUCAGGUCCACCGAUGGGGAAGGACAACGAAAGUGCUCCUUUGAUCAAAAAUACGAUUCUUCGACUUCGUCACGAUGAUAGUCCUGAAUUCUCCCCGCCAUUACCGGAAAAAACUAGAGACAAGUCGCUCAAUCCUGCAGACGACCUUGAUUCCCAAUUCCAUAGGAGAGCACGACGGUUGCUAGCGGAGGGGCACGUUCGAUCGUACGACGAAGCUGAGAGAGCCGUUCGUUUGAUGGACCUCAGUUUCAAGGAAAAGGAUUCCAUUUACGCUGCCAGAGAAUGUUCCAGCAUUUCUGCAGCCAUCACCUACCUGCAACAGGAAUGUGAGAUUUGCCUCCUCAAAGUUCCCAUCAAAAGGUGCUCGUCGGGGUUCAUAGCCGAGGGAAAGAGGAAGCAAUUGGAGUGUCCCGAGUGCAAAUUUCUCUUCUGUGGCGACUGUAAAGCGAAAUGGGAAAUUCAACAUUUCGGGAUUUCCUGUGAAGAAUUCGCUCAAUGGCAGAAAGACAACGAUCCUGCACGGCAAGAAGCUGUCAUAAGAGAGCAGUUGGAAGAGAGCGGAAUCCAAUGUCCCAAUUGCACCUUUAAGUAUCUCCUUGCAAGGGGAGGCUGCAUGCAUUUUACCUGCUCCCAAUGCAAGUACGAAUUCUGUAGUGGAUGUAAGAGACCUUUCCGCAUGGGUUCCAAUUGCAACGUCGGAGAAUAUUGUCAAAAAUUGGGGCUUCAUGCGCAUCAUCCCCGGAACUGCCUCUUCUAUCUGCGAGACAAGGAACCGGUAGAUCUUCAGAGACUCUUGAAGGCUCGUGGGAUCGAGUUCUUGACAAUAGUGGGGAAGGAGGAACAGACAGAAACAGGAGCAAGGUCUAAAGUUCAUUGCCAAGUGAUUGAAUUUAGAGAAACUCUUUCUGGAUACGAAGAAAGGAUAUGUGGAGAACCCGUCCCCGAAGGAUUUGCUGGAUUCUGCAGAUCUCACUACAUCGAGUACCUGGGGACGCUAAUUCGUCGAAAUCGCCUCGAUCCUAUCGAAAUAAUGACAAAUGAUGAUCUAGAAGUGAUCAUUAGGAGAGCAAAUGAGCGCCUGCCACCCAGGGCUCCUGGAGAGACUCCAGAAGAGUAUCGUCCCAAAUUACUCCAGAGCAGGCAGCUGCAGCAGCAUCAUAAUGCACCAAGGCUACAGCAGGAACUCUGA